AUGGAGACUCUUUGUUUGACUGCUCUGGGCUUGGAGAGGCAGCGGCAGCGUGUUGGUGACGAUGACGCUCUCGAGUUCGCUGUUCUCGACAGCCGACACGGCUGGACCGCUCAGGAAGCCGUGCGUGACCAAUGCCACGCUCUUCUUGGCCCCGUGCUGCUUGAGGAUCUUGGCGGCCAGCGCGAGGGUGCCGCAUGUGUCGGCAAUGUCGUCGACGAGUAUGGCCACCUUGUCGGCCACACUGCCCACAAGGAUCAUGCGGCUCACCUGGUUCGCCACCUUGCGCUCCUUGUGGAUGAUGGCCAGGUCAACCUGCAGCCGAUCCGCGAUUGUGGCCGCGCUAUCGCCGUCUGUCAGGCCUGCAGAAGAGAGGGAGGACAGACGGGGGAGGCCUACCGCUUGGUGCCGCCUGCAUCUGGUGACACGAUAACGAGGUCCUUCAGGCUGAACUCUCGGCGGAUGUACUCGAUAAACGUCUUUUCUGCAAACAGCUGUAUGCUGGUCAGUUCUACCGAACCGUCUUCUUCGAGCGGGGUGGACUGA